CGACCAUUUCCCUGCUCAAAAGGGUUAAUUUGAACCGCGCAUGCGCAUUUCGACCAUCCCUUUGAGCGGACUCAUUUGAACUGCGCACGCGCGGAGCUGGGUUUCCUCGGGUAGCAGCGAAAAUGGCGUCGGUUACAAAUUACAGUGGCUACAAUCAGGCUGGUGCCCAGCAAGCGUACGGGUCGUACGCAGCCCAGCCCGCUCAGGGAUACGGACAGACAGCACAGGGCUACACUCAACAGGACUACAGUUCAUACGCUCAGCCUGCGGCCACAGACUCCACUUACGGCCAAUCGGCUUCCUCCGCCGGAGGAUACACGCAACAGCAGUAUGCGGCAUCGUACGCACAAUCCACCGCACCAGCUGCUUAUGGCACAGCCCAGGCUGGAGCGCAGGGCUACACUCAGCCCGCACAGGCCUACGGGACCAGCAGCUAUGCCAGCACGACCACCACCGCUGCUGCCGCUGCUCCUCCUGCCACUCAGGCGUCAUACGGCACGCAGUCGGGAUACACUGCGCAAUCUCCUUAUUCUGGAUACGGCCAGCAGUCCGCCUCGGCUUCCCAGAGUUACAGUGCCAGCACUCAGCCUGCCUACAGCCAGGGCACCUACCAGGCCCAGCAACAGGCCUACGGGGGGCAGCAGCAGUCCGCAUACACUCAGGGCCCGCCCCAACAACCUCCCUCAACGGCCUACCCUCCUCCGUCCAACGGCUCAUAUGCUCAGCCCCCAUACAGCCAGCCAGGCGCUCCUCAGAGCGGCUACGAUCAGUCCGGACCCUAUGGUGGUUACGGUCAGGGCAGAGCGAGCGGGGCUUACGUGAGCUCUCAGCAGUCGCAGCGUGGAGGUUACCCUGGAGACGGCCCUGGUCGCGACGGCUACGAUAGGCUGGGGAUGCGUGGUGCACCCCGGGGGCGCGGCCCCAUGGGUCGGGGCAUGGGCAUGGCUGGAGACAGAGGUGGCUUCAGUAAGCCUGGUGGACCCAUGAGGGAAGGUAUGGAAGGACAUCCAGAACAGCAGGAUGAGUCUGAGAACAGCACUAUCUACAUCACAGGGUUGACUGAGAAGGUCACACUCACCGACAUGGCCGACUUCUUUAAACAUAGUGGCACCAUCCGGAUAAACCGGCGUCUGAAUCAGCCAGCCAUCAACAUCUACACCGAUAAAGACUCCGGCAAACCCAAAGGAGACGCCACUCUGUCCUACGACGAGCCUCCGUGCGCCCGAGCCGCCGUGGAGUAUUUUAACGGUAAGGAGUUCCAGGGGCGCAGACUGAACGUGUCAAUGGCACGAAGGAAAACUGUCCCAGGGCUCAUGAGGGGUGGGAUGGCCAUGAGAGGAGGACCAAACAUGAUGGAUCGUGGAGGUAUGAUGGGUCGGGGUGGAGACAGAGGUGGAUUUUCUCCCCGUGGAGGUCCUCGAGCCAUGGCCUGGGGAGGACCACCAGGAGCUAACAACAUCCCAAAGAGAGCUGGAGACUGGGAGUGUCCUAACCCCACAUGUGGAAACCAGAACUUUGCCUGGAGGACCGAGUGUAACCAGUGCAAAGCUCCAAGACCUGAGGGCAUGGCACCUCCUACAGGUGGAGACCGUGGCAGAGGCGGGAUGUUCCGCGGGGGCAGAGGGAUCGAGCGGGGUGGCCCUGGGGGGAUGCGUGGAGGUUGGGCAGGAGAACCCGGGGGCUUCAGGGGUGGCCGAGGGGGAAUGGACCGAGGAGGAUUCCGGGGAGGAAGUCGUGGAGGACCGCCAAUGGACCGUGGGGCGAGGAGAGGGAUGGGACCAGGGAAGAUGGAUAUGAGGGAUCAGAGGCAGGAGCGCAGAGACAGACCAUACUGAAGGAUUUCACUCGUCUCUAGUGAUUUUCAUGUAAAACCUUUUUUUUAAUGGUCUUUUUAAUUCCUACCCGUUACUCAUUUAAAAUUAUUCAAUCACUGACACGGGUGUACACACACACACACACACACACACACACACACACACACACACCUGUCUGCCUGUGUGGAUUCAUUGUUGCCCUCAAUUCCAUAGUUUUUUUUUUUUUCUUCAGUUUGUUUUUGCUUUGCGUUUCUCCUCCAUGCAGUUCCUGUACAACCCACAUGUCAUUUCUUUUUUCAAUAAACUUAGAUUGGAUUUGACUUUUA